AUGUUGUCAAUAGCUCGGUACCUUUGUCGCCCUGGCAUCGCUUAUCGCCUACCUGGGGUGACUACUUCUAGUCGAUAUUUCUCCUCCGCGCUUCACCAAAACUCUCGAUCCCCGGAUGCGUCGUUCCGGCUGGCAGUAGUAGGCUCUGGACCGGCCGGAUUCUACACUGCCUACCGAGUAAUGGGAAAGGUCCCAGGAGUUAAGGUGGACAUGUAUGAGAGUCUUCCAGUACCUUUUGGCUUGGUUCGUCAUGGUGUUGCUCCUGAUCAUCCCGAGGUCAAGAACUGCCAGGACAAAUUUGAUGAGAUUGCGUCACAGCCCAAUUUCACAUUCAUCGGCAAUGUGUCCAUUGGCCACAGAGAUCAAUCUUCAAAUCAUUGCACGAUUGAGUUGCAAAACAUGAUGCACCACUACGAUGCUGUGCUUUUUGCCUAUGGCGCAUCCGAGGACAAAAAGCUGGGAAUCCCAGGCGAGUCAACCCUCAGCGGCAUUCACUCGGCACGUGAAGUUGUAGGAUGGUACAAUGGUCUGCCUGGAUGCUCUGGCCUUGACUUGGAUCUCACGCAGGCCGAGGAAGCUGUCGUAAUCGGCCAAGGAAACGUCGCCCUUGACGUCGCGCGGAUGCUUUUAGAAGAUGUCGAUAUUCUAAGAAAGACAGACAUCACGGAAGAGGCACUCGAGGUACUAUCCAAAAGCCGAGUCAAGAGAGUUCAUGUUGUUGGAAGAAGAGGACCGAUGCAGGCUUCAUUCACCAUUAAGGAAGUGCGAGAACUGAUGAAACUCAAAGAAGUCGGCUUUUUACCCUUCAACCGAUCACUGGUUCCCGAAGACAUCAAGACUUUGCCACGGGCAUCGAAACGAUUGAUGGAAGUAUUAGUCAAGGGUUCGUCAACCUCUCAUGAGAAUGCAUCCAAGGUAUGGUCUUUGGACAGCUGCCUCUCACCAAAGCAUUUCCUCGGUAAUCAGGACGCACCGACCAAGGUGGCAAGUACCGAGUUCGACGUCACGGAGCUCGCUUCACCAUUUGACCCAAAGUCCUCAGUCAAGGCCACAGGCGAAACUACUAUCUUACCAUCUGACGUGGUCUUCCGCUCUGUGGGAUAUAAAUCUGUAGCCUUGCCUGGUUUCGCCGAGAUUGGCAUCCAAUUCGACGAACGCCGGGGUGUUGUCGACAACGAUGGUCUUGGAAGAGUGACAAGAAUGGUCUCAGAUAAACACGCUGGAGGCGCCCACAACGAGAGAGUCCCUGGAGUAUAUUGCGCCGGUUGGGUAAAAAAUGGCCCAACUGGGGUCAUCGCAACUACUAUGCAGGACGCAUUCACGACAGGCGAUGCGAUUGUUCAUGACUGGCUCUCAGGAGGCGCAUUCCUUAACACACCAGGUAAUGGCAGCGUCACUGGAUGGGAGGGCUUGCGUCACCACGCAGGACCAACGACAUGUCGAGCUAUUUCAUGGGACGACUGGCGACGAAUUGACAAUGUCGAGCGAGAACGAGGGCGAAAGAAUGGCAAAGAGAGAGAAAAGUUCACAAACACAGAAGAAAUGCUGGCUGUCCUCGGUUAA